CUCGUUCCACAGUGAUUGAGGUGAGUCCCAUGGGUGUGGUAGUGGAGGGGGUCUCUGUGACUAUGACCUGCAACAGCAGUGGGGCUCCGGUGGUGGAGAGCUACGCCUGGUUUAAGGACAGGGAGAGUGGCAGCAUUCCAGACAGCUUCAGACCCCAGCUCCACCUGAAGAGGGUGUCCCACACCGACCGGGGAGAGUACUUCUGUGUGGCACGCAACCCACUUGGUACAGAGAGGUCCAAACCUGUCCUGCUCAACGUCACAUACUCUCCAAAGAGCACCAAGGUGUUGGUUAGUCCAACAGGAGACAUCAAGGAAGGCUACUCUGUCAACCUGACCUGCAGCAGCAAGGCCCACCCCCCAGUGGACCGCUAUGCCUGGUUCAAGAUCAUGGGGGGUCAGACCUGGGCCAAAGGGUCAACACAGAACCUCUCCUUCCCCAGCGUCCGCUCACAGAACGGAGGACAGUACUACUGCACGGCCUGGAACCAGCAUGGACAGGGCAGCUCCUCUGUUUUCACCCUCGCCAUUCUCUAUGCCCCUAAGAACACGUCUGUGUUUGCGCAGCCCUCCAGUGUGAUCGACGCGGGCCGUCCUCUGACUCUGACCUGCAGCAGCCAGGCCAACCCGGCGGUGGACAACUACACGUGGUUCAGGAUCAAUGCGGCUGACGCCUGGGUAACGCGAUCGGGCCCAAGCUACACCUUCGCUGAGGUCAGCCCCGGGGAGAGCGGCCAGUACUACUGCGAGGCACGCAACCGUAUCGGCGUCCACAGCUCGCCUGUCCUCACUGUCAGGGUCAGAGGCAGACUGAAGGUUAUCGCCCUGGCCUCAGCUGUGGGCGUGUCUGCUGGUCUCAUCACUCUCACUGUGGCCGUCAUGAUCAGCAAAAACAUGCACAGAGUAGACAUGGAAUAUCCAGAGGAAAACAAGAAGAGGCCAUCGGUGACAGCUGACACCCUGUUCUACGAGUCAGUCCAGCAGACCCUUCAGUUGAGGACUGGCAAGAUGUCUGACAUCCCGGAGGAGCCAGAGGAGGUGUAUGAGAGGGCCCAUCCCUCCAUCGUACCCCUGAAGGAUGCUCCACCCUGCACAGAGGCAGACAGCAUCCUCAACUAUAUCACUGUGCAUUACUCCAGGAUCCCAAGUCUGGACCAGAUUCAAGUUACAAAUGUACCACUGGAUGGCGAUAAAGAGCCAAAGGAUGCUGCCAAUGUUGUUUACACUGUCCUGGCCAGACCACACCAGUAGUAGUGCAGAUGAGAACUGUAGCUCCAAAUGAGUGACAUCGCCAGAAGGAUCUCUACCAUCGACCCCUGAACUGCUUCUGAGCUGGACUGCUCACUCUAAGCCAAUUUACUGUUUAUCUAAUUUACUACAAAGUCUAAUUUACUAGGAAUAGUUAAAGUAGUUACUUGUAAUUCAUUUGGCAUUAUAAGUGGCAUUAUAACUCAUUUAUUAGCAUUUAACGUUUUACUAGUAGUGGCCAGAUAAUGAAAUAUUCCGAUAUCAGAAUCAUCCUUAAAAUGUAUCUUUUUCACCCUCAGAAGGAAGUCAUUUUGGACAUUUUCUCUCUGGGUUCUCUCUAUCUCCUCCAUAAGAUAUCAUUAAAAUGUAACAUACUUUAAAAAUGAAGUUUGGUAUGCAUCAUCACUCAUGCUAGUCUUAUGGAGAAUGUGUGUAAAUGUGUUACUGAUCAUAUCUUAUGUUUAGGGUAUGGUUGGUAUGUCCCAAAUUGCUUGUUGAAAUAGAUUUUUGUCAAAUAAACAUUUUUAAAUGAAGAAAUAAUUGCUAGAUGUAUUAAAGACAUGUAUCAGGUAGACACUUACCCUGUUUAUUCUGAUCUAUCAUGCUGUGGAUGUCAGUACUGAGUUAUUGAUUAAUUACGUACAUAUGAACUGUGUACUACUUUUCAUAACAGAUGAACACGGAAAUACUGCAGAGGUCAGAGGGGAUAUAGGACAAAGACAAGCACCAAACAAAUUAUUAUUGUUAUUAUUAUUAUCAUAAUCUCAUCAACAUACUGAAUGUCUCUAAAUCACCAAAUCUAUUCCCUGCUUACAUAGAGAAGUUACAUGACCUUCCCUGUCAACCUUCAGUCUCAACUCCUGCAUUCUGCUUGUGAAAUUGUUAUUAUCACAUCAGUCCAUGGUAUUUGCAUGGUCAUUUUCUGACCAGUCUCAUUCUGUGGACAUGCUCUGUAGAUGAGUGAGUGAUCCUGUGUCUUUCUAUAAAGUUUCAUGUGUUUCCUUUCAUUCAGUUGAUUUUUAUGUUUACCAAUGCUAAUGCAGAACAGGAUUUCUAUUAAGAAAUUGAAGCAUAGUUAAGUUGAUUUCAUGUUGGUGAGGAUAAAAACAGAAUGACUAGAUUAUGUAAAUGUAUAUCCCAGUUGUGCUGUCUUAUUGACAGCAGGGUUG